AUGUCUGGAAGAAGAAAACCACCACCACCAGGUUUUAGUUUCAAACCGCAGGAAGAACAGGUCACUGUAACUCCUCCAAGAAAUCUAGACAAACAGACUACAAUUACAGUAGAUGAUAAAACAUUUACUGUUCAUGCUGAUGACUUGGUCAAGAUUUGUGACCUUGGCCGUGGUGCCUAUGGUAUUGUGGAAAAAAUGCAUCACAAACCCAGUAAUACUAUAAUGGCUGUCAAGAGAAUCACAGCAUCUUUUAACACCCAAUCCUUGGAGCUUAAGCGCUUGUUGAUGGAUCUCGAUGUUUCCAUGAGGGCUAGUGCAUGUCCUUACACAGUACAUUUCUAUGGUGCCAUGUUUAGAGAGGGAGAUGUGUGGAUCUGUAUGGAAGUAAUGGAUAUGAGUCUAGACAAAUUCUACACCAAGGUUUAUAAGAACAAUAAAACCAUAACUGAAAACAUUCUUGGCAAAAUAGCAUUUUCAGUUGUAAGCGCCCUUCAUUACCUUUACUCAAAGUUAAGAGUCAUCCACAGAGAUGUCAAACCUUCUAAUAUAUUGAUUAAUAGAAAAGGAGAGGUGAAGAUGUGUGACUUUGGCAUUUCGGGAUAUUUAGUGGACUCUGUAGCGAAAACAAUAGACGCUGGCUGCAAACCAUAUAUGGCGCCAGAACGUAUUGACCCGAGCGGUAAUCCUGGUCAAUACGACAUUCGUAGCGAUGUUUGGUCGCUCGGUAUAUCAAUGAUUGAGCUUGCGACCGGAAAUUUUCCGUACAACACCUGGGGCACACCGUUUGAGCAACUGAAACAAGUAGUCAAAGAUGACCCCCCUAGUCUUCCAAGUGGACAGUUCUCAGCUGAAUUUGAGGAUAUGAUCACGAAGUGUCUCAAGAAGGAUUACAAGCAGAGGCCUAACUACGACGCUUUGCUCACCCAUCCAUUCUGCCUUGAGCAUAGCCAGAAAGAAACGGAUGUGGCUUCCUUCGUGCAAGAAAUACUGGACUUACCAGAUGAUUCC